CGCAGAAAAUGAAACGUCGGGGGUCAGUAUUUUGGCUAGUAACGUUUCGUACGCCCAGCUGAAACUAGCCUUUCUUAACGUGCAAGCCUGAAUUAUUCACAGCAGUUAUAAAAGGGGUUAUGACUAGCCAGAGGAAGCAACCUGCAGUUUUGGCGUGAGGCUGCAUGUCCAGCUUUAGAUUCCUGUGUUUGAAAUCCUUGCCUCUUGCUUGCUUUUUUAAAUUUUUUUUAUGUGUAUUUGUUUUCUUUUGUGGUAUUCCCAGUCCAUCGACCUGAAGAAACCCAUUGACAAGCGGAUCUAUAAGGGGACGCAGCCCACUUGCCAUGACUUCAACCAGUUCACAGCUGCUUCAGAAAGUAUCUCUCUGUUGGUUGGCUUCUCGGCCGGGCAAGUGCAAUACUUGGAUCUUAUCAAGAAAGAUACCAGUAAGCUAUUUAAUGAGGAGAGGCUAAUUGACAAGUCAAAGGUCACCUUUGUGAAGUGGAUCCCCGAGACGGAGAGUCUCUUCUUGGCCUCCCACGCGAGUGGUCAUUUGUACCUGUACAAUGUGGAGCAGCCCUGUGGCUCGGCCUCACCUCAGUACACCCUCCUCAAGCAAGGCGAGGGCUUCACGGUCUAUGCCUGCAAGAGCAAGAGUGCCCGUAAUCCACUCCUGAAGUGGGCAGUUGGCGAAGGGGCACUGAAUGAAUUUGCCUUCUCGCCCGACGGCCGCUACCUAGCGUGCGUCAGCCAAGACGGUUGCCUGCGCGUCUUUCAUUUUGACUCCAUGCUCCUGCAGGGAAUGAUGAAGAGCUACUUUGGGGGCCUGCUAUGUGUCUGUUGGAGCCCUGAUGGACGCUAUAUCGUGACAGGUGGUGAAGAUGACCUGGUAACGGUUUGGUCCUUUGCAGAGGGCCGGGUCAUUGCCCGGGGCCACGGCCACAAGUCGUGGGUCAAUGCAGUGGCUUUUGAUCCCUACACCACCAGCACGGAGGAUGAAGAGAGCGGGGAGCUCAGUGGGAGCGAUGAGGACAUCCAGGGCUCUUCUGAUUUCAGGCGGGUGCGAACCAGCAGCACCCUGUCCCACCUGUCCAAGCACAGCGCCAAAAGCACUCCCUCAGUGACCUACCGUUUUGGUUCUGCAGGGCAGGACACCCAGUUCUGCCUUUGGGACCUCACAGAAGAUGUCUUGUACCCCCACCACCCGCUGUCCCGGGCCCGAACACUCACCAACACCUUCAGCGCUGGCAUUCCUCCCUCGGGGAGCGGGGGGAGCAACCUGGCUGCUGAGCCAGGCGGAGGGGCUCUUCCGCGCUCCCUGUCGCGCUCCAACAGCUUGCCGCACCCGGCCGUCACCAGCGCCACCAAAAGCCACGUGGGGGACGGGGCGGUGCCCUUCAGCAUCGGCAAAUUUGCCACCCUCACCUUGCAGGAGCGGAGGGACAAAAACACCGAGAAGGAGCACAAGCGCUACCACAGCUUGGGCAACAUCAGCAAGAGCAGCGACAAACUCAACAUGGUGCCCAGAAGCAAGCUGGACACCGCCAAGGUCUUGGGCACGGCCCUGUGCCCCCGCAUCAAUGAGGUCCCCCUGCUGGAGCCGCUGGUGUGCAAGAAGAUCGCCCACGAGAGGCUGACCGUGUUACUUUUCCUGGAAGACUGUAUCAUCACUGCCUGCCAGGAAGGGCUCAUUUGCACCUGGGCCAGGCCAGGGAAGGCAACCCUGAACUCCCAGAACGGUGGUUCUCCAAGCGGCACAAUAGUGUGAUCGGCACUAACCCACGCUCAGCUGAUCUCCUAGCAGGUGUUUCUGGUUCCUUGCUCAACUGAGUAAACUGGGCCAAGAUGGGAAAGUUUUCCGACUUUUUCAACACGUGUACAGGUUGUUUCUUCCCUCCCUUGCCUGUGAAACCUGACUGUAUGGAAAUACGAAUCCUAACCGUUAACCUCUCAAGACCAACGUAGUGCAGGACUGUAUGCACCUCUCAGCUAUUUAAAAGUAUUAAUUAACAAACUAUAUUUAAAGCUAAUAUUUUAGCACAGGUUGCUAGAGGGGCAGAUUUUGCACAAGGGUGAACUGAGCUGCCCCCUCCCUCACCCCCCCUUCGCCCAGACAGGGAUUCUGGCCACCUUUCAGCUGUGUUGCCCUGACUCAGCCAAAUCUGUCCUGAUCUCCAUCUGCCCGGCUGCUUGGGGGAGAAAAAUCAGAAGGAAUCCCUUUUGUACGGGGAGAUAACAAUAACCCUCUGCAAUGUGUAAGAGUCCUUGUCUUCCCCCCACCCCCCUUUCUUUUAACAAACAACCAUUUUAGUUCCAUUUUGCACAGGAAGUUCCAGUAUUUCUGGUGACCUGAGGUAGCAGUGAUACCUCUAUCCAGCAGGCAGUUCUUUCUGACCUAACAGCAGACAGUCCUUCCCACGUCCUCCUUCCAGGGCAGCCAACUGACUCCUACAGACACUGCUUAAUGUUUGAGAUCCAGCACGAUACUGCCAGGGAGUUCCUGCCAUUGUUUUUUGACGUCUUUUGUCGUGUUGUGGACCUCUGCUUUUGUUUCCCGCAUCUACUCAGCUUCAUCUUGAAAGGCUUCUCAGAGGUUCUCUCAAAGCAAAAUGGAUUUUUCUUUCCAUCGGCUGGUCCUUGUACUUGACAACAGUUUGCUGCUACCUGGUCCUUCUCCUUGACGUCCGUUUGCUGGGAGCAGUUUCUCCACUGACCAGCUCUUUUCCCCAACCACUCCCUCUGAACUGGAUCUCAUUGUUGAGUCAGCUAUUUCUGCCCAAAUUUGAUUGUUUUUCUCUGUCACUUCUUUUUGUUGCCUGUCCUCCGGGUCAACAAAUGUCUGUGUUUAUGCACUGGAGAUCCCAGCACAUCCACUGUUGAUUUGCCUAGAUGCGUUCUACAAAUUUUAAACAACCACCAGUCUGAGUCUAGACCAGUGUUUCUCGACCUCAGCAACUUUAAGAUGGUGGACUUCAACUCCCAGAAUUCCCCAGCCAGCCAUGCAUUCUGGGACUUGGAUUGGGGGAAUUCUGGGAAUUGAAGUCCACCCAUCUUAAAGUUGCUAAGUUCGAGACUGUGUAGUUGCAGCAUCUGACUCUUGUCUGGUCAGUCAUUUCAGUUGCCUAGCUUAGGCUCAGAGAUUUUCCUCCUGAGUAAGUUGCCGAUGGUUCUUGGUCACCAAAAGUAAAUAUUCAGGAUUGCUCAUGGCAAAUCCUGGCUUCUGGUCCUCCAUCUUGAUGUGCCAGGCUAGUUCAAGUAGGCUUGAUCUUUCAUGAACUUUGGUCUUGCAGUGGACCAAGGAUACGUGAUCAUGUUCUUGGGUUGGUUAUUUAAGUCAGUACAGUAGAGCAGCGUUUAUCAACCUCAGCAACUGUAAGAUGUGUGGAUUUCAACUCCAGAACUCCCCAACCAGCAUGCAUUCUGGGAGUUGGACUCCAAGCAUCUUAAAAGUCGCUGAGGUUGAGAAGCAUUGGAGUAGAGACUGAAUGCAGUUUCUUGGUAUCUCUAUGCGUACGUCUUAGGUAGCUUGGCUUCAGUCUGAUUCAGGAUUUGGUUUGCAUAAGGAGAGUGAGUUGAAGACUGAGGUUUCAGAAAUUGCACGACGUUUAGAAAAACAGCUGCUCCAAAAACGGAUUCAGAGCCAACCAAAACAUUUUUAAAAGCAUUUUAAAUUUGGUACGGAGCCUUGAAAAUAUCCCAGCUAUGCUUUGGGCCUGUUGACAAGGAUAGUCUUAGCGUCUUUUUAUUUAUACAUCCACACACACAUCCACACCCUUAUUUGCUAGAAUAGUAUUAAAAAGGAAUAUGGGUGAUGGUAAAUAUCAAUAAUAUAUACAUUGUUUCCUGCAAGCGUGCUCUCUUUAAAAUGCACGUCUUCGUUUUGGUUGACUUUGAAUCUCUAGUUGAUUGCAGCAGUGCAGACUUUUGACCAGUUGGGCUUCCCACUGGAUGGGGCCGGUUGAAAAAUAAGAGCCUGGCUGACAUUGAGGGGCACAUGAGAGAGUUUUUAAUCCUGCUGCAGGUGGUUCAUAGGGGGGUUGCUUUCUUUCUGCUUCCAUAUAGAACUGCCUGGGGGGCGGGGAAGGAGCUGCUUGGCAACGCAGGAUGCAAGCAGCGGAAGCCGUCUUAGUGCAUAGCCAGGAACGUGGAAAGGAUCCAGCCCGCCAGUGGUGGGGCUCAUCAGACUGCCUGUGAGGCUCGGAGGCCCUCUCGGCCUGUGGUCCUGUGAAUUCUUUAGGGGGAAGAACUGAGGUAUAAAUGAAGUAGCAUUUCUACAGAUGCCCCACUGCAUCAUUUUCUUCUGUCGGGCAUCAGUUGGAGGGUCCCAUAAGGCUCCUUGUCGUAGGAAGAGGCUCUGUCUCUCUACAAAUUUUGUACUCCAUCAUGUUAGUAGGUUAUGUGCGGCCAGGGCUGUGCCUACACAUUCAAAUGCGUCCCAUCUGAUUGCACUGGUAGCCGGGGCAGCUGUUUGGAUUAGAAACGAGCAUUUUGAGGAGCUGUAGGAAGAGCUGCCUGCUAGGACUGGUUCCUCAAAGCCAGCUGGUCCUAGAGAUGCGUUUCCUUGGGAUUCCAGAAAUGGUCGUGGGUUAGCUGCAGUUCCAUCACAGCUGCUCUGUACACCCGCUUGGGGGAAUAUUCGUUGCUUGCAGUUUCGCUUCUGAUCCAGGGGGUUUGGCUCAUCUCACACUAAACCCGUAAACCUGCAUUCAUUCGUCGGAUUUUGACCGGGGUUUGUACCAUUGACUGUGUGAAAACUGAAACAAUUCCACACUGACAAGGGAUCUCUCUCUGCACCAUCUGGUUUACUGAGCGUGUCUUUAGCUCUGCCGGUUGCAAAAUUGGACCCAGCCAACGAAAGACCUCCAGCCCCGCACCCCAGGGCAGAUGGAGAACUUAACACCACGGGAGUGGCUCCUUUCCCAAGGAAGAAAAAGCCAUACUGGUCCACAACCAUGGACACCUGCUUCGUCUCUGUCUGGCAAAAGCAACUGGGGGAGGAAGGGAGAGUCUGGUUUUCCAUCAGUUCUGCUUGGAUCCUUUGCAGCGAGGUGGACGGGCCUCAGAAAACAGUAUUAAUUUGCUUUUCAUUCCUCUUUCCCUGAACCCGCCCCCAGUGCAUGUCUGGCCCCUCGUGGCCCGUGCAAGCCAGCUGGUGUCUGGCAGCCAAGUUCUCCCCCUUGGUCCCUUUGCCCGACUCCGCAGAAGAACACGUCCAGAAGCUGCCGAUGUUCCCCCUGUGCCUUCGUCACUUUACUACCUGCUCUAAACGUUUGUUACUGUUGUGUCUGAAAAAGCGUUUAAAUUAUAGAAUCGUGAAUGCCUAUUUAUACUAAAGAGACCGUUUUCACAGUACAGACUCCCCUGCUAAAUGUUGAUUGCUGGCAGGGGGUCAGGGAAAAAUUGGGGCUGACGAAGCUCAGGGUUGCAAAAAUCAAACUGAGAGGCAAAGUGUGAAAGUCCUUUCCAGGUCAGCUCUGAAGGCUUGGAGUGGCUUGUGGAAACACAGCUAAUUGCG